CGGCUUCUGCUAGAGGCCAAAUGUCGGAGGAAAACCCCCUGGAGUGCGCAGAGCCCGCUGAGCCGAAGGCCGCGACGCCCCCGGAGAAGACCAGCGACUACUAUCGCGUGAGCCCCCACCUGCCGGUCAGGUUCAACAACCCGGGGUGGUUUCGCGGCUAUGGGGCCAAGGAGGUGGUCUCCCUGUACAGGACCAGUAACCAGGCUUACGGGAGCAGAGCACCCACUGUGCAUGAGAUGCCGAAGGUGUUCUAUCCAUGUUCCACCAAGUUCUCCAGACACCUUCUGGCGAGUGAGAAGUUCCAGCACAGUGCUUUCAAYGUCUGCAUGGAGAAGAGCCUGGUGACGGGCCCCGACAACUACAUCACCCACUGCGACCGGCUCAACUUCCACCCCAGUUACAACGUCAGGAAGCCGUCCAUCUGUGACUGAGGGGCCCAAUGCCCCUGCCUUCCCGUCUGGCCGCUGCCCCCUGGAGCAUGGUGCUCCCUGAUCUUUGACGGUUUGCCCAACUCUGAAGGUGCAGAUUUCACUGUUUUCUCUGAAAAUACUUUUCCUUUCUGGAAUAGAAAAGUGUGCAAUAGGCUUGGUGCUG